AAAGGUCAAGGUAACGGCAAGGAAAGAGCCGAGUAUAAAAUAGUCAUACCUGCCUUGAUUUAGUCGCCUCGCCUUGUAUUUAUACAUGGAUAAAUUUAUUAGAAAAACCCCACGAGAACCUAGGUCGGAAAAAAUCCCUAGGCCAAAGAAAAAGAGCUUAAAGCAGUCCACAAUUGAAUCAUUACAGGGUGUGGUGGUAGUAGAGGAUGUAUUUUACAGCAAGUCUGUUUUAGAAUUAGAGGACCAAAGCAAAGAAAAGAUACUUGAGACAAUGAGCAAUUUGGAGGAAAAGAUCCCCUCUAGGCAAGUUAUGGUAGACACACAGAUAGGUCACACAAUCAACAAGAUGAGAAAACACGAGGACAAAGACAUAGCAUUAGCUGCCAAAAAGGUGUACUUUAAGUGGAAAACUUUCUUCAAGGAGAAAAGAGACAAGCCAAAGAUUGAAGUUAGAUCUGACCUGAAAACUGAGAAAAUGCGGGAGGCAGGAAGAAAAUUUAUCAAAGAAGCUCUGGGAAAGCAUCACAAAGGUUUAGCAGAAAACAUUGAAGUAGAAACUUUCCAGUGCUAUAAGAGAUUGAUAAGUGCAGAAUACAAGAAAACCAUCAGAAAAAUCAUAUUUACUCUCAGACACCAAGAAGAAGUAAAAAGGAAAACUGUUGCUGGUGAAAUGAAAGUAAAUGACUUGAUAAAGUUAUGCUCAAAGGCUUGACUGAAAUUAAGAUGCUUAACUCUUCUUGGGUGCAAAUCAGUAUUGUUUGAUCUCAUGUAAUGGAACAGUAAGAGAGUUUUCAGUUGCAUCAUCAGUUAACCAUUUUAAUAUGGAGUUUUAUAAUGAUGUUAUAUUAUUUUAUGAGAAUUUUAUGCAAUAAAUUAUAUUUGUAUAGUUUUAUAUA